GUAUAUAUUGUGCUCGGUAUAGAAAAUUGCUAGAUUUUCCAACAUCUCUUGCAAAAAUUAGCCGCGCCAUUAUCGGCGCACGAUACGAAGCCUUGGCAAACAACAUAAUCGCCUUCAGCGAAUUAGAUAUCUCGGAUGAUGUGUCGGAAAUAUGUUAUUACAUAUAGACGCGCGGGCGAUACUUGGGUCAUAAAAGAUGUAUCGAGUUGAAAUUUAUCGGAAUGCGAAUGUGUGCGAUAUGCAAUGCUAUAAUUUUCUAGAUUUAUAGAGCGACGAAAAAAAAACCAUAUAUCGGGAAAUUUAUCGUAUCUAAUGUUUUUUCUUUAGAUUACAAACUCAAAUCCGGAAUAACGUUAAUCGACGAAGUUUGACUGACAGCUUUCGUUUGAAUUUCGCACGAUUUCACGACAGAUCGGCUGCUUCGAGAUUGAAUUUCGAUCGGCUCCCCGACCGAAUCGCGCCACCUGAUUUUGUCUUCGCGACUCGGCAUUAUCUUAUCGGCUUCGCGCGGAAGGUAUAAUAAAAAAAAAAAAAGAAAAAAAAAAGGAGAGGUGUGAGUGUGGCCCUGGAGUUACGCAACGCCGGCAGACGGCAACACAAUGAAGUCGAAGACGAGCGAGAGCCUCAUAGCGAGUGAAAGCAAGGCGGGAGUCAAGAAAGAUGGUGCCGGCGAGCACAAGCAAAAACAGUUGAAAAAAGGUAAAACGUUUUGCCAAUCCUGUAAGAAGAAGUGCAGCGGAGAGGUGCUGCGUGUGCAGGAUAAAUACUUUCACAUAGGAUGCUUCAAGUGCGCUCAGUGCAACACUAGUUUGGCACAAGGUGGCUUUUUUGCACGCGAGGGAUCUUAUUACUGUACCAAGGAUUAUCGGGAACGAUGGGGUACACGAUGUGCCGGUUGCGGGGAAUACGUGGAGGGCGAUGUAGUGACAGCCGGCGAGAAGCACGCGUUUCAUCCAAAUUGUUUCCAUUGCCAAAGAUGCCGGAAACCGUUACUGGGACAAGGAACGAAAGUCUCUCUCGUUCAAGGUCAGGCGUUGUGUCAUCGAUGUGUUGGCAUCCCAAUUCGUGAGGCCUCCACGCCGGUUGGUAAUAGCGCCGGUACCAAAGGUGACGGACACACCGAUUCUGGUGCCUGCGCCGGUUGUGGAAACCAAUUGAGAGAAGGUCAGGCAUUGGUCGCGCUCGAUCGUCAAUGGCACGUCUGGUGCUUCAAGUGUCACAGCUGCGACACUGUGCUCCAUGGCGAAUACAUGGGAAAAGACGGCGUGCCUUACUGCGAAAAAGAUUAUCAGAAGCAGUUUGGAGUUAAGUGCGCCUACUGUAAUCGCUAUAUCAGCGGCAAGGUUUUGCAGGCUGGCGACAAUCACCAUUUCCAUCCGACUUGUGCACGUUGCACGAAAUGCGGCGACCCGUUCGGCGACGGCGAGGAAAUGUACCUGCAAGGUGCCGCCAUAUGGCAUCCACGCUGCGGUCCAGGACCCACCGGACCGAACGGCAUCGUGAAUGGACACGCAGAGGCGCAUACGCCGCAGCAUCGGGAAUCGGAGCGGAUUUCCAGCAGCGCUUCAGAGAUGCAGUUUUCAUUGCGGUCACGCACGCCAAGCCUGAACGGAUCGCUGUGCAGCCCUUACAACAGCCUCAGUCGCAAGUAUUAUACCGCACGAACUGGAAGUCCGGGCCUGAUCCUGAGAGAUUAUGGACGACCCGCGGAAGAUGUGUCUAGGAUUUACACUUAUUCAUACUUGACUGAAACGCCCACUCAAGGAUAUCUAAGACGUCCAAUUCAGCCGUACGAUAAACCCCCAACUAGCCCGCAUUUUCAUAGACCUAGCUCAUCUCGUUCGAUAAGAAGCAGCGGCGGGCGUAGCAGCAGAUCGGGAAUGCGAGCCUUAGUCGACGCCCUGAGCGACACCCGACCGAAAUCGCCGGCAAGCCAGGUGGACAAUGACGAACCGAUAGAAUUAGCGCAUUAUCCGGACGCUAUGAAGCCACCACCGGGAGCACAACCGCCAAUCGAGAGAGACGAUUUUCCUGCUCCGCCGUAUCCUUACACUGAUCCUGAAAGACGUAGACGAUGGUCCGACACUUAUAAGGGAGUACCUGCAUCUGACGAUGAGGAUGAAGUGGACAACAAAACAUACAUCAAGGAGGCGGAGCAAAAACUAAAAAAAGAGCAAGAUGAACUGAGCAAGAUCGACACGGGAAUAGCCAAAGUAUUCCUGCAAGAUCGCGAAAAAGAUCGGGAAAAUUUGAGACAUAGAGCUGCGAACGUUGAUCCUCGGAAUGCUUCGAGGACACCGUCCGCGGCGAGGGAACCUACGUAUCGAUUGCGUUACGAGAGUCCUGUCGGUGCAUCGCCUUCGCGAAAUAUUGAUCAUGCACGGCCUUGGGAGGACGACGACGGCUUUAGCUACAGAUCCAGCGGGCCUAGCUACAACGUUGGGAGGUCAUCGGCGCGCUCCCCGGCUCCCAGAAACUAUCCACCCCUUGGUACUCAGCGCGCCUUCACUCUUCCAAACGCCAGUAGGCACUAUCACUCGGGCGAUUAUUCGUUCAGCGGGAUGGGCGACAAGACGCACAGCACUGAUUUCUCGUCUGGCAAAUCGGACAUAUCAACAGGCAGCAUCACGGAUGUGGAUCGGCGGGCAUUGGUAUGUACCACAGCCCCAUACUACUCCCGGCGAAUUAGCAUGAAUGAUGGUGGGAUCCUUCCAUCAUCCACCACGUAUACAGGUGGCCUAGGUUCGGUUGUUGGGAGCCACGGGGGUCAUCAUGUAAGAAGAUCGUUGCCGGACAUGGGACCAACCGAACCGCCCAAGCUUUACCCCUAUCACUUACUUGUUAUCACCAACUAUAGACUGCCAGCUGAUGUGGACCGUUGCAAUCUUGAGCGACACCUCUCCGAUGCGGAAUUCGAAGCUGUUCUUCAAUGCAGUCGCGCGGAAUUCUACAGACUGCCACAGUGGCGCCGUAACGAUCUUAAAAGACGUGCCCGGCUGUUUUAACUUAUACAACACAUUUUUUAUUACUUCUUAUAUAUCUGCAUUGUGUCACGAUUGUGUUACUGUGGUACAGACUGUACAUUCCUACUGCGUGGGUAGUAUAAUAUCGCGGAGAAAAAAAUGUGUUCGACAACCACCGCGAGCGGGGGCCGGUCUGGUAGCCGACGUUUACGCUCGCAGAAUUAGAAAGUUUUUCUAAGCGGGAUUACAGAAACAUACACACAGAUAUGCAUGCAUACAAAUGACAAGAAGCACUGCCACUUGUCGUCAAUUUUUUUCUCGCAGCAACGGAUUCACGGGCAGCUUUAUCUAUGACCCGAUCUGUUUUUUUUUUUUUUUUUUUUUUUUUUUUAAGCCACGUAGUUGUUCUCUCGAAUCUUCGAGAAGUUUACUAUUCGGAGUUCCGACGUGACAUAGUUUUGUUUAACAUACGUUGAUGAGCAAUGACCGUUGAUAUUAACGUAUAGAGAAAAUAAUCAAAUAGAAAGAAGAGAGGUGAGGUUACGAUUAGAACUCUUAAAAUGCAAUUCGCUACUGUAAAUAAGAGGUUUAUCGACAGGUCGAAAAGCAAACGCGAAAGAAAUCAGUUAGGAUGUUUCAAAGUACAUAAUCCGCGUAUUUGCUAAAUCGCAUAUUAACCUUGCGAAUGAUUACCCUUGCGGGUAAUUGCGAGGUAAUUGCGCUAUUAUGUAAUACCUAUCAUUAAUUAUUAAUUUUUAACUACUGUAUUCUUAUAAUAUUAUUACAAUACUAUAUAUUAAUAUUAUUAUUAUUAUUAUAUUUUACUAUGUGCAACAUGAAGAGUUAAAAGAAAACAAGUAGGUGAGCCCAGCUUGCUGAACGGUGCGAGUAUAUAUUAAUUAAUUGGAUGCGUAUGAUUUAUCACGUUUUAACUUUGUGGCGAACAUUUUUAAAUCUCGUAAAUUAGCUUCGUGCGAUGCCUGUAAUGCAAUUAUCUGCGUCACGAGAGAGGAUAUCAAUUUAUCUUGAUUCUUUUUUAAUUAUUAUUUGGCACAUUUAACUAAAGAAAAAAAAACAAAACGCUCUGCGGUGCGGAUUGCGAUAGACUACUUCUACGAUUGUACUCGAUCACUCUACAUUAGAGUAUACGUGAGAAAAUCCAGGACCAAAUUUAUAGUCGUGGUGGAUCCGGAAAAUCGAACCAUUGCGGGGCUUUGUUACUAACACGGGGAGUGUGUACAUAGUUUUUAUUUUAUACUUUAUUAUCAAAUAAUUGCAAUUUAUAUCGCAUUUGAUUUUAGUGGGAAAAAAAUUUGUAUUUUAUCGAUCGAUCUGUGUAUCUGUCUGAAGUGGUAUAACACGUGAUUUGUUUUUCUUUUUUUUUCUUUUAAAACAAAAAAAAACUUCCUUGUGAUAAAAACGUCAAAAGAUAUUCAAGAGAAUAUGAAGUAUAUAUUUUAAAUUCCAUCUUUAUCACGUGUAUAUUUUAAGUAGAAUUUUUAUAAACUAUUUUAAUGCAUUGUCAUUAUAUCUCGAACUCGUUAAUAUAUCUCAUCCCAAGCAAAAGAGAGUUGUUUUAUACUGUUUUCCAAAUAAAACAAAAAAAAAACAAUCCACAAUAAUUUUUAGCAAUCAAACAAUCAAAGUGUUUUUUAACGUCGUAGAUGCGACAGCGAUAUCAUCCCCCACCCAGUAAAUUAGGUCCUGCACAGAAUUUAAAAAAGUUUCAAAGUAAUAUAUCGAGCAAGCUGAAUUAUAUAUACCGGGACGUAUUUACGCGUUCAUUGAAUAGAGCUGAAUUCUAGGCAAAUAAAAAUCGAACUUUCAUAUAUAGGUGAAAAAAAAAAAAGCACACAA